AUGCCUAGAAUUAUCGAUAAGUCGGUUUUCGAGUACGGUGGUAAGACGUUGGUUGCCUUAACGCCAGAUUUCAAGACCCUGUGUGUGGCUAAUAAGAACGGACUGAGUAAGCUCCUGCCAGUGGAUAAACCAGAAGAGGAACCUGAGAUUUUGGAGAUAUCGAAGAGUCUGACAUCUGUGGAAUGCGAUUCUCAAUCGGGUUUUCUUCUUACAACUGUACAAGGUGAUGCCUAUUGGUUGAAUACUAAGACAGCGACAGACCAAUUGCUCGCCAGGUCUGCUCUUCCUCUAAGAGAUUGCUGUGUGAUACAUUCAGGAAAGAUGGGGGUGUUUGGAGGAGACGAUUUAGAACUCUUCCUUAUUGAAUUAAAUGAUGAAGCACAUAGAAAACACUCAAUUAAAGUUGAUGAACAGAUUUCACAGUUUUCCUACACGGCACAGACCAAUCUUUUGUCAAUAUCUUUUAUCAAUGGCGUGGUUCAGUUUUUCUCAGUUUCAUCUACUAGACCUUAUAAAGUCCAUGAGUUGACGGGAUACAUCCCUGCCAAUACGUACAAGGAAUUCGAUUCGGAGGCUAGCUUAUCUGAAUCCGCACGCACAGGUGCCCGGGAUGGCGAUACAUUUGACGAGGAACAGGAGCAAAGAAUCACAGAUCCCGAGUUCUGCGAUGAGAAUAGAAUCUGUACUCGUGCUGCGUGGCAUCCAAGAGGUUUACAGUUUGCGCUACCAUGUGCGGACUUUACAAUAAAGGUAUUCAACAUUAAAGGGUAUUCUCUUAUGAAGACUUUGAAAAAUCCAGCAUUUUCAGCAGUGAACUUCAUAGAUUUGAAGUUCGAUCCGCUACAGGGCAACUUUCUUGCUUCUAUCGACCUGGAGAAUAUCCUGGUUGUUUGGAACUGGCAAACAACUGAGAUAAUGUACAAGAGCGAAUUUAAACACAAGCUAACUAAUCUAAUAUGGAAGGUUCAAAAAGAUAGUAAGACGCUGGAUAUAAUUCUCGGAACGUGGACAGGCGAAAUCGUGACCAUACAAGGAGUUGCAGAGUCGCUGCCGUCGCCCAACUCUGGAAGUGACUCUAUUAUUAAAGACCCAAAUGCAAAGCAAAAUUCGUUGUUUGUUGACUCAGAUCUUGAUGAAAGUGAUGUAGACGAUGCUUCUCGCAGUAAGGAUGUUUUACCAGAAGAGAACGACUCAGAAAAUAUCUUCACGCAAGAGGCUAACGGUGGUAAGAGGAGGUAUCAUUUUGAUGAUGAAGAAGAUUUUAUCGAUGAUGACGAUGGAGCUGGGUAUGUGUCACAAAAGAAAGCUCGUCAACAAUCGCCCAACCUUCCGCUACCUGGAAGGAUGCCAGGUGCAAGCCUUGUACCUUCAUCCUUCCGUUACAAACCUAUAUCUCCAGGUGCUACGCCCUAUGGAAAUGGAGAUAGGCGGUACUUGACAAUGAACGAUGUCGGUUACGUUUCAGUGGUGAAGAAUAAUGAACAGAAUAGUAUCACAGUAUCCUUUUUUGAUAUUGGCCGAUUUCGAGAGUAUCAUUUUGAGGAUUUGUUUGGCUAUGAUGUUUGCUCGUUAAAUGAGAAGGGUACUUUAUUCGGUCAAUCCAAAUCAGGUUUACUGCAUUAUAGAUCCCAUAACAUGAUGCAUUCCAACUGGACAAAAACAAUCCCAUUGCAAAAAGGAGAAAGGAUUUCAAGUAUAGCCGCUACACCUCACAGAGUGUUUGUUGGCACAUCUUUCGGUUACAUGAGGGUAUUCAACCAAUAUGGUGUACCUCUAACUGUUGAAAAAGUAUCUCCAGUGGUGGCCCUUACUGCGCAAGAGUGCAAAGUCUUUGUCGUCCAUUACUCGCCAUACCAUGGCCUGUCGUACUCCAUGUUUGAACAAUCGCCCACAGAAUCAAGAUAUUAUCAAAGAGAAUCUCCUCUACCAAUGGUACUGCCGCAAAGCGAUCCCAACGUUGGGUUUGAUGUCGCCAGAGAAUUUGUGAAGUUCAAUCCCAUUGGCUUGAAGAGCGUAUUCUUCUCUACGUAUGGCGAUCCCUGUAUUUUCGGAUCUGAUAAUGUUCUCAUGGUACUAUCAAAAUGGAGGUCACCUCUAGAGAGCAGGUGGCUGCCCGUCCUUGAUGCCGACCUGGAGAUCUGGAAGAUGACUGGUGGUAAAGAAAACUCACAAGUGCAUGUUUGGCCCUUAGGUCUCAAUUAUGAUACAUUGAACUGUAUUUUUGUGAAGGGCAAGAAUAUGUGGCCAGAGUUCCCAUUACCGCUACCAUCUGAGAUGGAGAUGAGGAUACCGAUACUGGUCAAGAGUAAGGUACUAGAGGAUAGAAAACGCAAAGCAGACUCGAAUGGUUCGAACGAAGAAGAGGUAAACGAUCAAGAUUCUGCCGAUGAGAAGGAAAACUCGGAGCUCGUGAUUCCACCCAACAUGGCGGCUGAAGAAGAGUUUCUUCGCUCUAAAGUAUUGUCGGCUCUGCUAAAAGACACAUUGGACAAUGAUGGUGAACUUUAUGGUAACGAAAAUGAGAUUUUAGCAUCACUCAACGGAGCCUACGAUAAGUCCCUACUGCGAUUAUUCGCUGCGGCUUGUGCCGAUCAAAAUAUCGAAAUGGCAGCCUCGCUCGUGAAGGAACUAAAACAAGACAGAGCAUUAAUUGCAGCUGUGAAAAUCUCUGAAAGAGCAGAAUUAAUGGAACUCACAAAGCGUGUCAACGAAAUACGAGAAGCCAGAUUUCAGCAACAAGUAGGUAACUAUUAA